AUGUCAAUAGCGAGUAGACGGCUCAAGCAGCUCCAGCUCUUCCUUGGUUCCUCGUAUGUCUCAGACGAGGAAAAGGAAGCCGUCAUAGCAAACUUGACCAAAAAGCUGAUUGAGGAAUUCAGCAUCAGCGAUGUUACUCUAAAGAUCACACUUCCAGGCAGUGCCGAGCUCGUUCCUGAUGUUGGUGGUUUGUUUUAUGACGACUCGCAAGAAAUCUUGAGGCAUUUAAGAUGGAUGAUGCAGAAAGAUCGAAUGGGUCAGGAUAUCUUCUUUCUUGGACCACCAGGAAGCUUCAAAAGACGUCUUGUCAUGAGAUACGCCCAACUAGCCCAACGUGAAAUCGAAUACGUUGCCCUAUCAAAGGAUGUAACAGACUCGGACUUGAAGCAACGUCGUGAAAUCUUGUCUGGAUCAGCAUUCUACACUGAUGGACCAGCAGUCCGUGCCGCCCUCCAUGGUCGUAUCUUGAUUCUAGAUGGUAUUGAAAAGGCAGAGCGUAACGUCUUGCCAGUCUUGAACAAUCUGUUGGAAAACAGAGAAAUGGCUCUAGAAGAUGGGAGAUUCUUGACUCAUCCUAAACGAUUCGAUACUUUGGUGAAGAGUGCCAGUAAGGAGGAGUUGGAGAAAUGGAAUCUUGUGCGAGUAUCUGAACGAUUCUUCGUUAUUGCUUUGGGAUUGCCAGUUCCAAAGUAUGAAGGACAUCCUCUAGAUCCUCCACUCAGAUCACGUUUCCAGGCUAGAAACAUUGCCGUUCCAACCUUUUUGUCGCAAAUAACUCAACUUAAACGUGUAGCUCCCAAAGUACCUCAACGUACUCUGGAGCGUCUCAUCUCUGUCGGAUUUGUAUUGAGAUCUGUCACCUCUGAGAAAGGAGUAGCAGUACCAGAAUUCCCAGCCCAACUAGACCACGCUGCUCGAAUCUUGCAGAGCUUCCCAGACACCAACUUGCGUUGUAUCUUGGACAUUAUGUACCCAUACCCACUAUUAUCGGGCACAGACGAAGAGCAACGCUCUAUUAUAGAAUCCACUUAUCAACGAUUUGAUAUGUUGGGACAUUCUGUAGAUCAAGCUGGAGCAAUGACUAUUGCAAACCAGGCUACUGCAGGAUACAAGAUCAUAAACAUUGUAAAGGAAGAAGAAACCUCUAAUCUUACACCAUCUGGACGUAUCCACCACGCGGAUGUCACCUUUGAAACUAUAGUGCCGUUAGGUGUUAAGCCCACUCGAGUAACUGUCAGAUUAGCUGCUGGUGAAUAUCCAACCACCAAGUUGGAAAAGUUUGUCGAGACUGAAUACCACGGUGCUCUCUUGGCUACUAUGAUGGUUGCUCAUUCAGCCGGUGAUUUGUGUAUCAUUGGUGAAAAGGGUGCCGGAAAGAGUGCUCUCUUAAGGUCUUUGACUAGUAUGCUGGGUUACAAGGUCGAACUGAUUCCUUUGUACAAGGAUAUGUCUGCUCGUGACUUGAUGCAAAGACGUUCAACCAACUUGCUUGGUGAUACUAUUUGGGAGAACUCACCUUUGAUCAAGGCUGCCAUAGAAGGUUCUAUUGCCAUUCUUGACCAGAUCGAAGUCUUGUCAUUCGGUACUUUGGCUACCAUCCAACGCCUGACCUCUGAGCGUGAAAUGGUCUUACCCGAUGGUACUCAGCUAGUCCACCCCAACCGAUAUGUAAAACUCAUAAAGAAGAGCGGCUUCACACCAGCAAUGAUGAAGGAAAAGAAGAUCGUACCCGUACACCCCAACUUCCGAGUAAUCUCCAUCGCCCGACCAACCGUAACCGCUCAAGGUGGUGCCCAAAAGGGUAACUGGCUAUCCCCCGAAAUCUGCUCUCUCUUCCGAUACAUCCCAAUGAGAUCUCUCUCAUACGUCGAAGAGAUGUAUGUCAUUCAAAUGCUGUGUCCAGGAAUCGAGGAAUCAAAGCUAAAGGCUCUCUUGACAUUCGCCAAUGUAUUGCGAUCUGAAAAUGAUGAGACGGCUCGUUUGUUGGCCUCGUCAUUGUCUACUCGACAGUUGAUUCGUGUGUGUCGUCGUAUGGCCAUGUUCCCUGAUGAGGACAUGCAUAACUCGGUGCAAAAGGUCUCGUUGUCUCGAUUCUUGCCAUCAAUGGCUAAAGACUUGUUGACCAAGCUCUUGUUGGAUGCUGAAAUCGAACCUGCUAUUCGGGAUGAUGAGUUCUUUGAAAACUUGAAGAUUGAAAUCAUUAACAAUGAAGAUGGCAGCCCUCAAGCAGUCCGUAUUGGUGAUGUUAUGGAACCUGUCGCCAAGGAUACCAACCCAGUCUUGAUUCCAGAUAUUGUUUUCCAUGAAAAUCCUAAACAGUCUGAAAUUUUGAUGGAAAUGAUCAAGGAUUACCAGCUAGGCGAACAUUUGUGUUUGAUUGGUAACCAGGGUGUGGGAAAGAACAAGUUGACUGACAAGUUCCUGCAAGUCCUGAGACUCCCUCGUGAAUACAUCCAAUUGCAUCGUGACACUACUGUAUACAGCUUGACUUCCACACCAAGUAUCGUCGAUGGUGUCUUGGUAUACGAAGACUCUCCUCUAGUCAAAGCAGUCAAGAACGGCUACAUCCUCGUAGUUGAUGAAGCCGAUAAAGCACCUACUCACGUAACAUCCAUUCUCAAAUCGUUGGUUGAAGAUGGUGAAAUGGUCUUGUCUGACGGUCGUCGUAUUGUCAAGAAGGACCCAAUGUUGGGACAGACUGCUAUUACUCCCAAACUCAAUGUUAAUGGGUUGGAGGAAUACAUCGUGUUGCAUCCUAGCUUUAGGAUGUUUGUGUUGGCUAAUCGACCAGGUUUCCCCUUCUUGGGUAACGAUUUCUUCCGUGAAAUCGGUGAUGUCUUUGCUUGUCACUGUGUUGACAACCCAGACACCGAGUCUGAACUUGCCCUGUUACGAGCAUACGCACCAGACGUUCAAGAAGACCUCCUCCGUAAACUGACUGCAGCCUUCAACGAUCUCCGUCGUCUCGUAGACGAAGGCCUAAUCUCAUACCCAUACUCUACUCGAGAACUGGUAUCCGUAGUCAAACACUUGCAAACCUACCCCAAGGAAGGCCUCUCACGAGCACUUCAAAACGUAUUCGAUUUCGAUCAAUACGAGUCUGAGAUCCGAGACUUGUUGAUUGAAACGCUCAACAAGAAUGGAAUUCCAACAGGAAUGGAAUCGGACUUUAGAGUUGAAUUGGGAAUUGAGUUCCCAUUGCCUGAACCACGUUUGGUUGAGACUUGGUAUAGACGUAGCAAGCCAAACACGGUUGUGCAGGUUAAGGUUGCUAAGGAUAAGGCGAAUGCUAGAGGUAACUGGCGCGUCAACAUGCCAGAGAAAUGGCUGGACGUGGACCGCUCAGAAGCUCGAUCGACCUUGUUCACAGAGCAAGUCUAUGCAUUCAAGCUACCAACCAAGGGCGAGUGUCUGGAUUUAAUGACUGCUGCAGAUGGUACUAUGAUGGCCAUCACCACCAACCCAGUAACUCUCAACAUUGUAACUCCAAACCAUCGCCAACAAAUCGCCAUCGAUUUGUACGAGUACUUUCCCUUACAAAAAAGCCCGCCAUUCAUGGGUAUUGACCCAAUUGGCGCCAAUUUCUACAUAGCACCUCCACGUUUACGUCUUGCUGAACCUGCUGAAGGAAAAAUCUGUCUCCACAAUCCAUCAGACCAUACUCUUCUCUUGGUCGAUUUGGGAAGCGGAAGCAUCAACUCGAUUAUGUUGGGCAUCUUUGAAUUCACUGGUCCAUCAUUCAUGAACCGCUCUUUAAUGAGUGAAGGUUUUUUGAUCUUUUACCAGGAGCAGUCUGAGAAGGUUGCGAUUAUUGAUUUCUCGGAUUUGUCGCAGUACAAUAUUGUAAUGCCCGUUAAAGUUGGCAGCAUUCAAGUCGUUACUCCCGAUAAGUGGUUUGUACAAGACUACGACUACAAGUUUGAUAUUCGAAAGAACUAUAUCAUGUCUAAAGCUGACCCAAGUGACAAAUUCCCAACUGUAUUCGAACCACUGGACACUCGCCCAGUAGAAGACAAAGCCAAAGUCAUACAAGUCGAAGACAUUGGUACUCUGCCACACGACCGAUUCGAUUACUACCGAACUCAUCGAUUCGCGUUAUUACCUUCGCGCGAAUCCCAUGCUUCUGCAGUUGUAGGCAUGCCUGAAUCACUAUUCGACUUUUCAACAACUGGUGUUGAGUUGAUUACUUGGGAUCGUGAUACUGCCAAGGACACCAUCUCGAACAAGUAUAUCAAUAUCUUGAAUGCUCAUUUGCAUUUACGUAAAUCGCAGCAGUUGGCUGUUGUUGUUCCUCAAGAGGACGGUCGUGCCGAAGGCUACCUCGAACUCGUAGACACCCACGAAAAGAAUAUCCGCCGCAUCCACAUGCCUCUAUCUCUCCCAUCAACAGCAGUCCACCAAAAGGACUUGGCCACAAUCCAAGCCCAAUCUCGUGGAAUCGAUCCACCUCGCGAAGCCGUUCAAAUGCUCGAACUAGAAGACGGUCGACUCUUGACUGUUGACCUGUCUGGAUUUGCUCGAGUAUGGCAAACAAACUAUGCUGAAACCGUUGAAGAAAUGGAACGAUGGAAGAAACUUGUUGGAAGUCUUGAUGCCCAGACUUUACGUCUUGUGUAUGGCGAUGGUAGUGGGGAUGGAGAUGGUGAUGGCGAUGGUGAAGGAGAGGGUAAUGGAAAUGGAGAAGGUAAAGGUGACGGUAAAGGAGAAGGCGAGGGUGAAGGAGAAGGCAAAGGCCAAGGUGGAACUGGAGAAGGCUCUGGUGGUAGUGGAGGUGGAGGAGGUGAAGGAGGAGGAGCAGCUGGUGGAGCCUCCGACCCAGCCGACUCUGGUGAAGCGAGACAGAGUGGUAAAAUCGAUUUUACACAAUUCAACCUCCGAGCUCCCAAUGACGUGACUCAAGAAAUCACUGAUGCCGUCAAAGACGCUCACGAACUGGCGAUGCGUAAACGUUUGGCCCAAAUCCAAAUGACAUCAAAGGACAUGGAAAUGUUUAACAAGUACCGUGACAAUGUACAACGAGAAGUACGAGAGUUGAGGACGAUUUUGGAGGCUGUUGAAGCCAAGAACCGUGAACGUGUUUGGCUCAAGAAUCAAACCACUGGUGAUAUUGAUGACACGAGACUAAUCGAAGGUGUUACCGGCGAACGAGCCAUAUAUAAACGUCGUGGAGAGAACGAAAGUGAUCCAGGCUUCCAACAAAAGCCAAAGAGAAUGUUCUUCCAGUUUGACUUGUCAGCAUCCAUGACGAGAUUCAACGGACACGAUAACCGUCUGGAACGGUCUUUGGAAUGUGCCUUGUUGAUCAUGGAGGCCUUCAAAAACUUUGAACACAAAUUCCAAUAUAGAAUUGCUGGGCACUCUGGAGAUGGUCCAGACAUUGAAUUCGUAUCAGAGGGCAAAUACCCCAAGAAUGAAAAGGAGCAAUUCCAAAUCAUUGCGAAAAUGAAUGCUCAUAGUCAGUAUUGUUUGUCUGGAGACAAUACGAUUUUGGCUGCUACUACUGCUAUUAAGAAUGUGGUUAAAGAGGAAGGAGAUGAUUACUUUGUGUUGGUUUUGUCUGAUGCCAACAUUGCCCAGUACAAUAUAAGUCCUGCCGCUAUCGGCAAGGCCCUCAAGGCUGAUGAUCGCGUGAAUGCAUACAUGGUCUUCAUAGGCACUAUCGGUGACCAAGCCACCACAUUGAUGAAAGCUGCUCCUGGAUCCUCAUUUGUCUGUUUCGACAACAAGGACCUACCAAAGAUCAUCAAGUCCAUGUUCUUGAGCUCAUUGCUCAAGGGCUAA